ACCAGGUGAUUCAGAGACUGAACGAGGCCAAACGUUAACGACGUUACUCUGUUGGCCCUCAGUGAACAGUUUCAGACAGAAGGUCAGGUAACGUUUCCUCCGGUCUGACCUCACCGCCCUGCCCGCCUCUCCCUCCGCCUCCAGCCGCACACACACCGACACAGCGCUCUGUCCCUCGCCACAGCUGCUCGAGAGAAACAUGGGCUCCGCAGGACAGCUCUGCUCGGUGCUGCUGCUGCUCUUCCUCCUGGGGCUUCAUCACUCCUCGGGUUUCUGGAUCGUCAACGUCGUCUUCCCGCCAAACGCCAAACCCAGAGCACCAAGCAACAGCACUCCACCGCUCAUUAUUGUGCCAGGGAACUUGGGGAACCGUCUGGAAGCUAAGAUAAACAAGCAGACGCUGGUCCACUGGAUGUGCUACAAGAAAACUGAACACUGGUUCCCACUGUGGAUUGACCUCAACAUGUUCAUGCCCAUAGGUGUUGACUGCUGGAUUGAUAACAUUAGACUUGUUUACAACAGGACUACUCGGCGGUCAUCCAACUCACCAGGAGUGCAGGUGCGGGUGCCAGGAUUUGGGCAGACGUAUCCCAUUGAGUUUCUUGACCAUAACAAACUGGCGGGUUAUUUCUACACUAUGGUGCAACACUUGGUCAACGUGGGCUACAUCCGAAAUGAGACAGUCCGAGGAGCUCCAUACGAUUGGAGAUUAGCUCCGAAUGAGAACACAGAGUAUUUCACAAAGCUGCAGGACCUGGUUGAGGAGAUGUACGAGCAGUACCAGCAGCCUGUUUACCUGCUGGGACACAGCAUGGGCGGCCACUAUGUCCUCUACUUCCUCAACCACCGGCCCCAGGCCUGGAAGGACAAGUACAUCAAGGGCUUCAUUUCCCUGGGAGCUCCAUGGGGGGGAGCUGUUAAACCACUUAGAGUCCUGGCGUCAGGUGAAAAUGACGGCAUCCCAAUGAUUUCCAACAUCAAGAUCCGCGAGGAGCAGAGGAUGACAACAACCAAUCCCUGGAUGGUGCCGUCUGAGGAAGUCUGGCCAAAGGACCACGUCUUUGUCUCCACACCAACUUUCAAUUACACCAACAAGGACUACCAGCGCUUCUUCACAGACAUCAAUUAUGAGGACGGCUGGCACAUGUUGGAAGACACCAAGAACCUCACCAGCGCUCUCCACCCACCUGGCGUUGAGGUGUGGUGUAUGUAUGGCGUGGGGCUUCCUACUCCAGUAACAUACAUUUACGACGAGGAGUUUCCCAACGCGGACCCGGUGGACUUUGUUUACGCCGACGGGGAUGACACAGUGGACAGCUUUAGCAUGAGUUUGUGCAAACGUUGGGCGGACCAGCAGGAGCAGCCCGUCCACAUUACAGAGUACAGAGGGCUGACCCACCUGGACAUAGUGUUCCAUGAAAAGGUGCUCAAUUUAAUCCAGCAUAUCCUGGAGGGCAAUUCAGACACACCCAGAGAGGUUGACGUUCGAUCUGGAACUGAAUAGCAGACGACAGCAUUUAAGAGUUUAUUAAACCAAAAACACACAGUGCUGGAUUUUUACAUAACCUAUAGUCUGUUCUAGUGUCCCAAAAAAACACAACACAUUUCACAUGAAAUAGCUUAAACAUUUAUUAAAAGUGCAACAGUUCCAAACCAGUCUGGACUUGCAAGUAAUCUAACCCUGACCCCCACCCCCCCAGCCCAUCACCAUGACCCCCUUAUCUAAACUACUUGCUGAUGACUUGCAGAAUGGGUUUGACUCUGACCUGUUUAUUUCUGUUUGCAGAGUAUUAUGUUGUGUAUCUCUCAUACUUGAUGUUGAUCAUGACAAGACUUAGUGGUUAUCAUGAUACACAUAAUUGUCACAAUAAUUACAAAAAUAGUAAUAGGGAGUUAUUUUCAAAUUAUGGUUUAUUCAAUGUUGUAGUCGGGCGUUUAAUCAUUCAGGCAACGUCAAAUCCUGUGACAUACAUCUUUACAAAAUACACAAUGGUUUGUUUACUUUUGAUGGAUGAUGAAUUAAUCAUCACAAUAUAUCACAGGCAUAUUUGUAAUAUUCUGGGUAGAUAAGAGUGUGACUGUAAUGAAUAGUAGCCUAUUUUAUUGUGUGUGAUGUCACUGUAAUAUUUCUAUUCUAUCUAAAGAUUUAUAUAUUUUUAGAUGUGUGUAUAAAAUCCUUGACUGUUGACUGUUUGCUCAGGCUCAUAUACAGUAGUGUAUUACAUUAAACCAAUGAAGUGAAAUGAUAGGGAUAUUUCAUACUGCCAAAUGUGUUUGAAUGUUUCCACUUAUAAUAAAGUAUCUGCUGCCACAAAA